AAUUAUUUGAAAUACUAAUUUCUUCGGAAAAUAAAGAAUAUAAUGAUAUUAUUCGACAAAGUGAUGCUGAAGAAAAUGAUAUAGGCUUAGAACAAGAAAUGCAACAAAUAAAUGAAGAAUUCUCACAGUAG